UUGUCGUUUGCUUCUCUCGAAUAAACAAGAAAGAAAGUCGAAGAAAGCAAUCUUCGUACCCCAAAACUGAAAAACGAAAGAGAGCAUUCCAACGUCCCGUUACAUUACAUACUUCGCAUCGUUAUCCAAGGUGUUCCGCAAUGGAAGCUCUGGGGCUUCCCUCUCUCAGCCCUCUCACGAUUUCGCAGUCCACCACCUCCCGCAGAGUGCAAACUGCGAAGAGCUCGUGGACGAGGACGCAUUCUCUCGGAUUGAGUUCAACUUUCGGGAUUCGCCAUAAAAAGCGGAGUGUUAUCAGAAUGAUAGCUGACACGGAUGACUAUGACUUGAGGCAAAUGAAGGAUCUGGCUGCUGCCCGAAAGAGAUGGGACUCUCUGGCUCUGCUUUUUCUGGAAUCUUUACAGAUUAGGGAACAAAAGGUUAAAUGUCUGACCCCAAGGGAAGCUGGAUAUGCAAUACAACUCUCAGAUAAGACCCUAUUAGAUGUUCGCCCUUCUGUGGAACGCAACAAGGCUUGGGUCAAAGGAUCAACUUGGAUUCCCAUAUUUGAUGACAAUAGUGGAUUUGAUCCCGGGACUCUUUCUAGGAAGACGACGAACUUUGUGAUGGGUGGUUGGUGGAGUGGUGCACCUACACUGUCCUAUAAGAAGCGGUUCUUACCAAGUAUCGAGGAAAAAUUCCCAAAAGAUUCUGAUCUUAUUGUUGCAUGCCAGAAAGGUUUGAGAUCGUUAGCUGCUUGCGAGCUCCUAUACAAUGCUGGUUAUAGAAAUCUUUUCUGGGUUCAAGGUGGCCUAGAGGCUUCUGAAGAAGAGGAUCUCCCCAGAGAGGGCCCCCAGCCUCUUAAAUUUGCUGGAAUUGGUGGUGUUUCGGAAUUUCUGGGUUGGACGGACCAACAAAGAGGAGCAGCUGCCAAAGAGGGUUGGGCUUAUCGAUUAGUAUUUUCCGCUCGUCUGGUUGGGCUCUUUCUUGUUGCCGACGCCUUAUUCCUCGGUGCACAACAACUUGGUCAUUAUCUUCAGGAGCUGAGAACCCACUAAUAAUAUUUGCCAAGUUACUGUUGAAGUACCUUAAGAUCUCAGUUUUGGACCCUGAGAUAAAGACUUUGAGUUUUCCCAGCAUAAUGGUGGAAGUAGAUAGAAUGACAAUAAAGCCACUUCCUUUUCUUUUGUAAUCCUUCGCAUCUAUGCAAGGUAAUGUAGCUUGUAGCUGUCAAUUUAGGCUUUGUUUUUGGCUAGUUGAUUGGCAUAGACUAGCUGGAUUGUAAAUUAUCCGAGCACUUUUGGUGAGAGAAGCAGUAUUUCAUCAAAGAAAUUUUGUUGAGCUCUUGCUGAGUUGGACAAUUGUGGGACAAUUUGUAUGUAGUAGGUGUGGGACAACUGUGCCUGCAAUGAUUAAUGCGGCAAUGCCUCCAUAUGUUUUGUUUUCUCA